GUGAACCGGAGAUGCCACUUCUGCUUUUCAGGCCUUUAUAUAACCUCAACCCUGGUGAAGACUGACACUACAGAAUUGACCCUGAGCUAAGCUGAGCAGCCUGCCAGAGAAGAGAGAGAAUUAAUUAAUCUAUUUAUUCAACUUGUAUUGUACCAGUUGAAUCUGAGAUUUACAGUAAAGAUGGUGACCUGUGGAACUCUGGUGAAGAUCUGGACAGCAGCAAUCGUCAUAGCAAUGCUGGUCUGGACAGGGACAGUAGAUGGAGAGAAGCUGUCGUCGUGCUGUAAGACAGUGACCAGGAGCGAAGUGACCGAUCCAAUCACAGGCUACUGGACUCAGGCCUAUAACGCUCCCUGUGUACGGGCUGUCAUCUUUGAGACGAAGAAGGGUCUGAUCUGUUGCCACUAUAAACAACCCUGGGUACGCCGCAAGAUUCAACAGUUUGAAAUGGCCCGCAGGAGCUCAACAUCUCCCUCUCUCACCUCCUCCCCUACCACUACCUCCUUACCUUCCUCUCCUCCUUCAGUCAACUUCUCUCCCCUCUCUCUCACUUCCACCCUUAGGUCUUUACCCUCCUCUCCUCCCUCCGUAACGUCCUCUCCCUCCUAUCUCCUCUCCUCUCUUUUCCCUGCCUCCUCCUCUCCUCCCUCUCUCACUUCCUCUCCUACAUCUCUUUCCUCCUCCCCUCAUCGGGAAUCAACCGAGAAUGCCUUAACUCAGCAGUCAACAGCCAACCAAUAGAAUCAUUGCCAAUGGCUGAAGUUCCACUAAAGUUCCACUAAAGUUCCACUUCUUCAUAUCUAAAAAAACAGACUUCCAAUUUGCAUAUUACACUCAGAUUUGAUAUAUUUUUAGUUAUUAUUUAAUUCAGUUGUCAUCAUUAUUUAUGAAAUAUCUUCAAGGCCAGUGUCUCAUGUAUUUAUUAGUUAAUUUCUUCAAGUAGUUAUGAUGACUUUUAGUUAUUCAUUAUGCCAAUGAGUUCUUAAUGUUAUUUAACACAUGUAUUUAUUAAGUACUUAUACAUUUAAUUGGUUUCUUUUUGAUCAAUCAAUGUUAUUUUAAGAAAUGUUUGUAAGAGCAAUUUCCUUUUCUACUUAUUUAUUCAACAAUAAUGAGUUGUAACAUCAGA